UUCCGACAGUCCGUAAAUGCAGCACCAGACGGCGGGAAUUCGAAUCGAAGCGGUCUCUUCCGGCUUUUCUUCACUUUUAUGGGGAUUUGCAACAAAACGUCAUGAAUACCAUAAGAAAAAUAAAGCAAACAUUGGGAAUUCCAAAGGAAACCAGUGGAGGGAAACCGGUGGACAGAAGCGGCUCUAAUGCUGGUUUGACAGAUUCUCAGCUUUUCUUUGGCUCCCAGUUUUGGCUUGAAAAUUCCCAGAACACAUCCCAGGAUCUGAGUGUGUCAUCCAGAAACUCCCAACAAAGUUUACAAGAGGGAAAUGACCCAAAGUUUUGCAGCAGUUAUCUCGUUAAACCUUUGCUGUUUGGAGACUACAAGGACAAAACCAAAACAAUCAGAUCACUGGAUCAAUUUGAAGAAGACAAGAGAAAGACAAAAGAAAGUAAUGACAUAGAUUUUUUAGUCAGAGAGUCACAACAUGUCCGAGAAGCUCUCCUCAGUGUUCAUCAAUUGGUUGUUAGCACAAAGCAAACCGUGUGUCAGGCAGUCUUUGAAAAAAUCGACAGUUUUGCCUCAACAUUGCAAACCAGUUUGAAGAAUCUUCACAGUGAUAUUUCCCAGAAGUUUGAGACUCUGGUGGCUAAAACAAACUCUCAGAAGGAGCUCAUAUCACAGCUGGAGGAAAAGAUGAUGAAGAACGGAGACAUCACAGCAGAGCUUGACGGUCAUUUGCAAAGCUUAAAGAAUAGUUUGGACGGUAUAAAAGAGGAACAUGAAAAAAAAAUACACAUGCUUGAAGAGGCCCUCAAGCUGCUCCGUACUUUAGCCUCCGAGCUUUUGGCCAAACCCACCGCUGAGGCGGCGAUGGACAGCGCUACUCAGACAUCACCAAGCCUCGAACAUCCACUUUCAAACCCUAAACAACCUGAACUCACAUGUGCACCUGAGAAACCAGGUCUUCAGGUCCAGGCGCCCCCAAAAGAUCACAAGCAAGUCUUCAGAAGAGCAAAACCCACCGCUAGAGGCCUGAGAAGGCGUAGAAAGAGGGCGCUGGUGCUUCCGAAGCGAAGCAAGCGCACCACCUCGGAUGAAAACUGUCAGCCUCUGACCGUCUGUAACAAACCGCAGAAAUUUUCAGAACCCGUCCACAAGCACCAGAACGCAGAUGCUGACCAGCCCAGCCCCAGCCCGGGCAGCAGAUGUGGAGGCGCUGGGGGCUGUUUCAUCAGCCCCCUGAGCAGCUGGUCUCUGGACAGCAGCAGCUCCGAGUGCUUCUCAGCUAUUGAACCCAUCCUGGAGAAACUGUCAGCCGAGCAGAAGACCUCAGUGACACCUGGAGGCUUCUGGCAGCUGUUUGAUUCUGAAUGAAGACAUGCAGUUCAUGAGAAGCGAAAAAAGGUCAGAAUAUGUUUGAUACUACAUUUAUUGAUCUGUUUUUAAAGAAGAAAAUGAACACAAAACUAGUUCACGCUUCAUUUUCAUUUGAAGGAUGUAAACGUUGUAGCCACAGUUUUUUGGUUUUUAAUUCCAAACAUGUAUAUAUAAAUAUGUACAACCAAAGCUUGUAUUUCUGUUGGAAACAGUAGAGUGUGAAUCUAUAACUGAAGAAGAACAGUUUUUCUGUCUUCACUUAUUUAUUUAUUUAAGGUACUGUUCAAGUUUAUUGUUAAGGUUGUUCAGCUGAAAACCUUUUAUUUAUUCUUCAGUAUAUUUACAACUACAAAUAAACAGAUGACAAAUGAAACUGAA